UUGAUAAAGUUAGACAUACCUAUAAGUUCUAAAUUUUCAUUUCAUCAUUAAUCAUGGUUAAAUUGUUUAAGUAUCCAAUUUGAGUAGUUUUAGUUCCUGUAAUAAACUACUCCCGUAUGAAGUGACUCAGUGCUUCGAAACUUCGAGUGCUGAAGAAUCCAUCCUCGACGUUCUCUUGAAGUCUUGAGUGCGUACUCCAUUGUAUUGCAGAAGGAAGAAAACCACAUCCUAAGGCGUUGUUUAUUAAUUGUAACAGAUCUAGCAACCCCAUUUCGAGAGAGGAAAUGGAUCAACUGACCUCUGCGCUGAAUACCCACAUGGAUCAAAUGGCAGAUCUUGUUGAAAAGUUCUCCGCUGAGCUUCGCUCUGGACUGAAACCCGCCUAUGAGAAUUUCAUCGGCUUCUUCCACGCCAUUGACUGGACGGAACAUUGGUUAGUAGGCUUACUUUCCUUCCAUGCUGUAUUAUUGUUACUAACUGUCUUCUCAAGGAAGAACAUCAAUUUCCAGAUGUUUUUAUUCCUUUUCUCACUAGGAGGAGUUUACUUUGCAGAGAACCUUAACAAAAUAUUGGCUGCAAAUUGGGAGAGCUUCGCUAGACAGAAUUAUUUCGAUCCUAACGGCGUCUUUCUUUCUGUACUAUGGUCUGGGCCUCUUCUGGUGAUUGCGAUAAUAAUCUUGGUGAAUACACUGUUUUCCUUGUGCCAGAUGAUGGUGAGGUGGAAAAAGGCCGAGCUUAGGCACCGUGCAAUUCUAGCUCGUAACAAGCAAGACUGAGACUUCUAGCUACCUCACUCUGAGGACCGGAACACUUUUGAUACACAGCUCAUUUGAAACGAGAUGGCAGGAUGAUAUGUAUUUUCUAAUACAGUUUUUUUGUAAUAUUUGAUCUAGUAUUUAUUUAGCCUUUUUUUUAACUCAGAUAAUAUAAUACUCCGUAGAAUAUUACCAAACAGUAAACGUCUCAAAGAAGUUAUUUUACAUGAAUUAAAAAGGCUAAAAACUCUGCUGUAAAGCUACAAUGUCCACCAAA